AUGAGUUGCCCCAAGGGGGAGAAAAAAAAUCGCGAGGGAAAGCACUACACAGUCCUCCUUAACAACAUAAAGAGUGCCAAGUUGGCGUACUCGAAGAGUGAUCUAUUUUCGCAGCUGAAAAAAGAAUAUAUAAGUAAAAUAUCUUUUGAAAAUGACACAGAAAAGAUCGAAUUUGAGCAUGCAUUAAUUGAGAAAGAAAUAUUCGAGGGAUACACAAAACUGCACAGGAUUUUGUACAACCUGAAGAGAUUCCAAGUGGACUCGUGUAUAGAGUGGUACAAUAACUGUAGCGAAACGACGAGGAAGAAAUAUGUAAAGCUAAUUUAUUUACUACACUGUAUUAAUUAUUUAAUGUAUUCGAAGGAGGAUAAGGAGAAGGCACUUAGCUGCUUAAGGGACCUCAUGAUAAACUACAGUGAAAAUAAAUCGCACAUAUCGAGACUGAGCACGUUCAUUUGCAUCGGUGUUGAUAACUUUUUCUUUAAACAUAUGUUUUCCAGUGUCCAUUCGAAGGUUUUCAAUUUUUUUAAGAGGGCUUUUAAUGAGGAGGGGAUCCUCAUCCGCGUGCCCAGGAAGGAGAAGCGGGAAACACGAAACCGUCAAAAUUCGAGUAGACAACGUGUCAAUCGCUGCACUAAUGGUUGUUUACAAAAAUUGAGAAGCAAACGGUGA